UUUCAAAUUAAAUAUUAACCAACCACACGAUAUCCGAUGGCCAUCUCCGAAAACAUCACCGUUCUGGAGCAGAUUCCGGUGGCACCAUCGCCGGAGGGGACACCCAAAAUAACUCUUCCCUUCACGUUUCUCGACUUGUUAUGGCUACACAUGACCUCAGUUCACCGCCUCAUCUUCUACCAACACCCAAUCUCAAGAACCCACUUCCUAGAAACCGUGAUUCCGGCGAUGAAACAUUCUUUAUCUCUCACCCUUCGCCACUACACUCCCCUCGCCGGAAAGUUGAUUGUUUCUCCCGACAAUUCUAUCCUGUCGGAAAUUCGUUACGAGGAAGGCGACACCGUCCCUUUAGUCCUGGCGGAGUCUGAGGGUGAUUUUGAUCAUCUCACCUCCGACCAAGCAAAAAGCUGUACUGAUUUUCAUGAAGGCCUGGGAAUUCUUCUCUAAUAUCGCCGACAAGACAACAUCGUCUGUAUCGUUACCACCGGAAUUUCUGCCGUCGUACGACAGAACAGUGAUCAGAGAUCCAAAAGGACUGGAAUCUCUGUUCUGGGGCAACAUUAAAAACAUCAAAAUUGAGGACACACACGUCCAUCGUCUUCCGUUAUUCACCAACCGGGUCCGGGUCACAUACAUGCUGACCCGGGACGACAUCCAAAGGCUCAAGAAUCACAUCCUCGCUCACCGACCGGAACUAAAACAUGUCUCCUCAUUUACACUCAUUUCUUCGUACCUAUGGACUUGCUUAGUAAAAUCCCGAUAUAGUGCAGAAACAGACAACAUCGACGACGAUGAAGACGAGCUCUUCGGCUUCGCGGCGGAAUGCCGGGCACGGUUGGAUCCACCGUUGCCUGAAAACUACUUCGGCAAUUGCCUCACGUUCGUCAUUGGAUUCGCGAAGACGAAGCAACUGACGGGCGAGAAAGCGUUGGUAGAUGCUGCCGCCGUGAUCGGAGACAGUAUUCGCCGGCAACUCUACGACAAGGAGUCUGGACUUUUCAAAGGCGCUGAAGAUUGGUUUGCAUUGUUAUCGGCGGCGAAACCUGAGCGAUCAAUCAGCGUGGCUGGGUCGCCUAAAUUCGAUUACUAUGAGCUGGAUUUCGGAUGGGGAAGGCCUAAGAAGUUCGAAUUCGCUUCCAUUGAUUUAUUUGGUGCCUUUUCUUUAAGUAAAGCUAGGGACAUUGAAGGUGGUCUGGAGGUUGGUUUAUCACUGCCACUCACACAAAUUCACAGUUUUUCCACAAUUUUCACCCAUGAUUUGAAGGCUUUAUAGGUUUAUAUAUGCAUUUUCAAUUUAGUA